AUGAUUGAGCAAUUGAAACUGCUCAUCAAAAAGGAUUUCAUCCUUAUGGGAAGAAACAAAAAAUGGACAGCGUUCGAAACUGUAAUUCCGGCACUUUUGAUGUGUCUCAUCUGGUAUAUUAUUAGUAAUAUGGUGAGUUUUGAAUAUAUUUCGCCUUGAAAACUAGUUUUUCAGGGCUUUGAUGUAGAACUCGUAAAAACAAAACCAUUGAAUAAUAUUACAUUUACAAUUUUUGAAAAAAGUCCAAAUAAUCUUUGCGGAUCUAAAAUUGCUUAUGUGAACUCGGGGAACUCGAAAGAUGUUGAACUGUUGAUAAAUACGCUCAGCGCAACAUCGUCAAACAUUGUUGAAUAUAAAGAUGAGAAAACUAUGUUUUCGGUGUUGAAAGAUGGUGUGAAGAAAUCUUAUUGUGAAUUUGGUGCUGGAAUAGUAUUUGAUGAAGUUGAUCGCAAUUCAAAGGUUUUCAAAUAUCGAAUUUAUAUUACUGUUGAUUCGGAAAAAGAAUGGCAUUUUGGAGAAGAGUGGGAGAAAUCUUAUGAAAUUCCAGAAAAAAAAAGAGAAAAUCCAAUCUAUGAAUCUUCAGGAUAUCUAAAUCUUCAGCAUUAUCUUGAAUCAAGUUUCAUUGCUAUUGUGAAACAAACAAGCGAUUCACGAUCAGUUAUAAAUUUCGAAGCGUUUCCAGAACAACCAGUAUUGUUAAGAAUCUUAACUUGGGUAUUGGCAUAUUUUCCGACUUUAUUUGGACUUAUCAUUUUUAUCAACGUUGCACAUGUUUCACGUGACAUUGCAACAGAAAAUGAAUGUGUUAAACCAUUUUUGGCCGCUAUGGGAUUAUCGAGCCCAAUGUUUUAUGGAAACCAUAUUUUUAUUGCCUUCUUGAAAUAUUUGCCACUUCUCGUUUGCGCCGUUUUACCGAUUUAUAACAGACUUGUCGUAAGUUUUGAAAAACCUUUUCCUCGUGAAUUUUUCAAUUUUGCAGAACAUCAGUGGUUCAGUUUUCUUCCUCGUGUUAUUCUUCUAUGGUUUGGGUGCAAUAACAUAUGGUGCAAUGAUUGCUUCAUUUUUCAAAAAUGGAACUAAUGCAGUUAAAGCUAUGCUCCUCACGUGGAUUAUUUCAAUGGUGAUCCCAUAUUCAUUCGUUCCAAAUCUUGAUGAUAUUUCAACUUGUUUCUUAUAUGGAAUACAUAUAAAUGGAGCACUUGAAUUAGCUAUUCUGAUAAUCAAAUCAUAUAUGAUUUCCGGUAAUUGUUUGAAAAAUUACAGUCAAACUUAUAAAUACUUCAGAAAGCCCACUGUCUCUUACGGGAAUAUUCUAUGGUUCCAAUUGGGAAUUCACAAUUGGCCUGACCAUUCUCCUAAUGAUUUUUGAUAUUAUCUGGAUGUUUGGUUUAGCUUUAUUUGUGGAUAAAUAUCAAAACUCCGCUGAUUUCAACUGGCGGUCGCAUCUUUUCAAAAACGACAAGAAAAACAACAGAUUAGAUGAUACUAUCAAAAUGAGUGAACUGGAAUCUGCUAAUCUUGAUAGUCUUCUUGAUGGAUCGAAUGAAAUUGAUCGUGCUAGAAUAUCGGCAAAAAAUGGAAUAAGUGUGAAAAAUCUUGUGAAAAUUUGGUCAAGUACUGGAGAAAAAGCUGUUGAUGGAUUGAGCUUCGAAGCAAAACAAGGACAAGUUUCUGUUCUAUUGGGCCAUAAUGGAGCAGGAAAAUCAACAACAUUCCAGAGUUUAUCAGGAAUGAUUAAACCAACUCAUGGUAUGAGGAAUACGGUUUUGAAAGUUAUAUAGAUAUUUUUUAGGAGAAGUGAAGAUUAAUGGAAAGAAUGUAACUUCAAUUGAAAAAAAUACAAACCAGUUUGUUGGAUUGUGCCCUCAAUAUAAUCCACUUUAUGAAAAAUUAACAGUUGAGGAACAUCUAUGGCUCGUAAAUGGAUUAAAAGGAAAAGAAGAGGAUAACAGGUUCAAAGAAGAAAUGAAUAGAUUAUUGAGAGAUGUGAAAUUGAAUGAUAAAUAUAAUGAAUUGGCAAUGAAUUUAUCAGGAGGAAUGAAACGAAAAUUAUGUGUUUGUAUGGCAUUGAUUGGAUCAUCUGAAGUUGUUUUAUUAGAUGAACCAACAGCUGGAAUGGAUCCUGGAGCAAGAAAAGAUGUUCAAGAUUUAUUAGAAAGAGAAAAACAAAAUCGAACAAUAUUAUUAACAACACAUUAUAUGGAUGAAGCUGAAAGACUUGGUGAUUGGAUUCUUAUUAUGUCACAUGGUAAACUUGUUUCAUCUGGAACUACUAAAUUCUUGAAACAAAAAUAUGGAAAUGGUUAUUUAUUGACUGUUGUGCUAGAUGUUAACGGAGAUAAAGAGAAGAUGAGUGAUACUUUGGAACAGAUUUGUAAGUUUUAUGUUCCUUCUGCAACUCGCGGAGUUCGACAUGGCCAACAGAUAGAAAUCAUUCUACCAGAAAUUAGCAAAUCUGAUUUCCCAUUGUUAUUCAAAGCGCUGGAGGCAGUUAAAAAUAUAGAGUAAGUUAAAAUUAAAAUAACAAUGUCUUGGAUUUUGAAUUAUAGCUUCCAUGACCCGAUCUUCGCACAAAUUCCAUCAUCUCUUCUAACUCAGAUGAAAUCGUUGGUAAUAAAUAGUUUUGGAUUAUCCCUAAACACAAUCGAACAAGUAUUUAUCACAAUUGGAGACAAAGUUGAUGAAGCUAUGUUUCAAAAAACCGUAAGAAAGCUUUAGUAUAAGAUCUGAAUGAAAAUUGUGAUUUAGGGAAUCAGCGAAAAAUCUGGUGGCAAGACGAGUUUUCAAAAAUACACCGAGUGCCAUGAAAAUGGUUCGAAAAGAACAGGCAUCUCUCAAUUGUUCUAUCAGAUCAUCGCGAUUUUUAGAAAGAAAUUAUUAUAUACAAGAAGAAGUUGGGGAAAUAUUUUUGGUCAGAUUAUUCUACCGAUUCUUAUUAUGACAUUUGCUUGUUUUAUGUUGAAACAUGAUCGAAAUAGAGGAAAUGUAGAGGGACGCCGAGAACUAGAUUUGCAUCCGACCAGAGUAGUCUGGGAUGGAAAAGUGAAUUUGGAGAGACAAGAAAAUUUGAAGAAUCUUCUGGGAAGUAAAUUUUUCCAUGAAGAAAACGCUGGACAAAUACCGAGAGCAGGAUUCGGAUUCAAUAGGCAAGCCAAUACAAUUAUGUUCAAUAUUAAAAGUUAUCAUGUUACCCCUGGAUUGAUAUCUUUGUAUAACAAAGAAAGAUUGAUGGAACCCGGAGAAAAAUAUCCACAAAUUGAAUCAGAAAUUAUUGUUGUUUCAAAUGAGAAGAACAAUAAGAAAGAGGAUAUAUCCCAAUUAGCACGCAUCUUAUUUUUUCCCGCAAUAGUUAUAUCAUUAUCAAUAAUUGUUUCAUCAUUUGUUAUGUUUUUGGUUGAAGAACGAGAAUCGAAAUUCACCCAUCAACAAUUUCUAACCGGAAUUUCACCACUAACAUUCUAUAUCACAUCAUUCAUUUUUGAUUUUCUGAUGUUUUCGGCGAUUUGCACAAUUCUUGUUGGAAUAAUGAUAUAUUUUGAUCACUGGAAGGAUACUUCGAUAAUGUAAGAAGUAAAGACGUGUGUGGCACGAAUGGUGACCGAAUCGUGUUCUAUUUCCCCAAAACUACUCUAACCGUCCGAAACCAACUAAAGUAUUUUGCAGCCUCGUUGGAUUCUGGUUCCUCUAUUUCUUCGCCUCAGUUCCAUUCAUUUAUGCAGUUUCAACAUUUUUCAAAACACCUUCAAAGGCACAUGUUUUCCUUAUUACUUGGCUUGUUAUCUUCUCGGGAAUCGCUGCGAUUUCAGCUAAAUUAUUUUGGCUGAUUGCAAUGUUUGUGACAAAACAACUUGAUGAAAAAUCAUUUCAUGUUGUUACGGUUUGUGAAAAUAUCUAUUGAAAAUUAUUCUAAUUGUAAGAUGUAUAUUUCAGUAUGCUAUUUACUUCUUCCUUCCUGGUUACAAUUUCGAAGAAGCUCAAUUUUUUGCGUAUUUUAUGUAUAGUAGUAGAUAUUCAAUGAAUAUCGAGAACAAUGCAAUUGUAAUGUUGUUGGGUGGAUUGAUUUCAUCGAUUUUAUUCGUUGUUUUGCACUUCAAACCAGUUCGAAAAUUUAUUCAUAAUUUAUUCUCAACAAGAAAAUCGAGAACUUUGGAUAAUUUCGCAGCUCAGGAUUUUCUUAGUUGUGAAGCUGUUGCAAAUGAAAUUAAUAUGGCAAAAACUGCAAAUCCAAAAGAUUAUGCAUUAGUUAUCAAGGAUUUAUGCAAAAGUUUCGGCGGUUUCAAAGCUUUGGAUAAUUUGCAUCUUGUGGUAGAUCAUAAUGAAUGUUUUGGAUUAUUAGGAACUAAUGGAGCUGGAAAAACGACUACAUUCAAUAUUCUAACUGGACAGGAAUUUGCAACAAGUGGAGAAGCAACUUUAGGUGGAAAAGAUGUUACCGAAAGAGUUGUGAGUUUGUGAAUUUAAUUUUUAUAUCAAUAAAUACUUAACAUAUUUUAUUUUCAGCCAAUUGGAUAUUGCCCUCAGUUCGAUGCCCUACUUCUUGAUCUUACUGGUCGAGAAAUUUUAGAAAUCCUGGGACAAAUGCAUGGAUUUUCCAAUUAUCGCGAAAAAGCAGAUAUCAUUCUAGAUUGCGUCGGAAUGCAAAAACAAUCAAAUAAACUGAUCCGAUAUUAUAGUGGAGGUCAAAAACGAAAGAUUUCUGUCGGAGUUGCACUUUUAUCACCAACUCAAAUGAUAAUAUUAGAUGAACCAACUGCUGGAAUUGAUCCAAAAGCAAGAAGAGAAAUAUGGGAAUUAUUAAUUUGGACAAGACAAAAUUCGAAUAGUGCACUUAUGUUAACAUCACAUUCAAUGGAUGAAUGUGAGGCAUUAUGUUCAAGAAUUGCUGUAUUAAAUCGAGGAAAAUUAAUUGCUAUUGGAACAAGUCAAGAAUUAAAAUCAUUAUAUGGAAAUAGCUAUACAAUGACUUUGACUUUGAAUGACAUACAAGAUCGUGUUAACAUUGUAAAUCAAGUCAAUUCUCAUAUUCCAAAUUCAAUUCUGCGAACACCAGAAACAAACAAAACUGUUAAUCUUGUUUGGCAAAUUCCGAAAAAUCGAGAUGAUCAAUGGUCCAAAAAAUUCGAAAUGGUUCAAAAUCUCGCCCGAGAUUUAAAUGUGAACGACUUCAUCUUAUCUCAAUCAUCGUUGGAAGAAACAUUCCUUCGCUUAUCUAAUUCAAAUUGA